AAGUCUUAGCCCAAUUUAUUUUUGACUAUAAUAUUUUUGCUUUACUAUGUCUGUCCAAAAACCUUUAGAAAGACAAAAGUUGUUUAAAAAUAAAGAUAAAGAUACAGAGUCGUUGAGGCAAAGAAGAAAUGAAGUGUCUGUGGUUUUAAGAAAGGCAAAACGAGACGAAGCACUUCAAAAACGAAGACUUGUUCCAAAUGUUGAAGAAGAUGAGAAAGAAAAUAAAUUUCAAGAUGCUUCUUUACAAAGUAUUGUCGAGAAUGCUGCUCAUGGUGAACCUAGCAACAGAUUAGCAGCUGUGCAAGCUGCACGCAAGUUACUUUCACGAGACCGAAAUCCACCAAUUGAUGACCUUAUUCAAUCUGGAAUUUUGCCAAUUCUUGUUGACUGUUUAAAAGUGGAUGACAAUUCAGCACUUCAAUUUGAAGCUGCUUGGGCACUAACUAACAUUGCAUCAGGUUCUUCACUUCAAACUCAAGCAGUUGUUCAAGCAGGUGCAGUUGCACACUUUAUGCGACUUUUAGAAUCAAAACAUCAAAAUGUCUGUGAACAAGCUGUAUGGGCCCUUGGUAACAUUAUUGGUGAUGGUCCUGUGUUAAGAGAUUAUGUAAUAAGACAUGGAGUUGUUGCUCCACUUUUGACUUUUAUUGAUCCAAAUGUCCCAUUAACAUUUCUUCGCAAUGUUACAUGGGUUAUUGUCAAUUUGUGUCGUAAUAAGGAGCCACCACCACCAAUGGAGACUAUUCAACAACUGCUCCCAGCUCUUGGGGUACUUAUUCACCACAAUGACUUAGAUAUACUUGUUGACAGUGUAUGGGCAUUAUCUUACCUAACUGACUGUGGCAAUGAUCAUAUUCAAGCUGUAAUUUCUGUUGGUGUAAUUCCAAAGCUUAUUUCGUUUCUAACUCAUCAUGAAAUACGUUUACAGACUGCAGCUCUCCGUGCAGUUGGUAAUGUUGUUACAGGUACUGAUGAGCAAACACAAAUGGUUAUUGAUAAUAAUGCUCUUGCAAACUUUCCUGCUCUUUUGCAACACCCAAAAGAAAAGAUUAGAAAAGAAGCUGUUUGGUUUUUGUCUAAUAUUACUGCAGGAACAGAGCAACAAGUUCAAUGUGUCAUUGAUGCUGGGCUUCUUCCACUUAUUAUUAAAGCUCUAACAGAAGGUGAAUUUCAAACACAAAAAGAAGCAGCUUGGGCUAUUAGCAAUCUCACUGUUAGUGGUGUUCCAGCUCAGAUUGCAUAUGCAGUUCAGUGUAAUUGUAUUCCUCCUUUUUGUAAUUUGCUGAGUGUGCAAGAUUCACAGAUUAUUCAUGUAGUUUUGGAUGGAUUGACUAACAUAUUAAAGGCUGCUGGAGAUGAUGCAGAUAAAGUGACAUUGAUCAUUGAAGAGUGUGGAGGCUUAGAUAAAAUCGAGGCAUUGCAAAAUCAUGAAAAUGCUGAAAUAUAUAAACUUGCGUUUGAAAUCAUUGAAAAGUACUUUUCAAACGAUAUGGAUAAUGAAGACGAAGCUGUUGUUCCCGCACAAUCAAACGGCCAAUUUAAAUUUGAUGUAAAAGAAGGAAACACUAACUUCAGCAUAUAAACGCGCGUAUUUUAAUGAGUGAUGCGAGAAGAGAGGCGUGAGGUGCGGACGCAUUCGCGGGCAUCAUAUUGCGUAUCUUUGGCGCUUUUUUGCUUCGGCAAGCUCGUUUUACUUCUCUUUCUUAACAUGAAUGAUGAGAUGUGAAUUGUGAUGUAGCCUGGAGUUGUCAAAUCUACUAUCAGACAUAAGUAUAUCGUGUAUUUAUAAACGAUCUUUGUGUGCAUUAUGUUUGAGGGUAAUAUUUUGAAACACUAUAAUCAUGUAAUGUGUAAUACAGUCUUUUAUUUUUAAAUUUUAUGGCUUUUGUAAACUUUUAAUUUUUAACUAAUUAAUUUUUAUGUUCAUAAUUUUUGGAUUAUCUGCAUGUGUUUUUGUGGUUUAACUUCAGACUGUAUUUUUAUGUUCCAUUAGCGUUUAGUUGAUGUGUCCAUACUGUAAAAUAUAUUGGUUACUUCAAUUCAAAAUUUCUUUAUAUGCUUUAAAAUCUGGACUUACAAAACGAUUAAUUUAUUUAUUAAGUAAUUUUGUUUUCUAAGCACGACCUUGUUCUUUUCUAAUUCAAAUACAUGGAAUUCAAAAA